AUGGUCGACUCUUCCCAAGAAAUCAUGCCCAUCCCCCGCAAACUCUGGGAACACCCCUCCCCCAAAUCCACCCAAAUGUACCAAUUCAUGCAAUCCGCCAACCAGCGGCACGACCUCAACCUCCAAACGUUCCAAGAUCUCCACAACUGGUCCGUAACCGACCCCGUCCCCUUCUGGGCCGACGUCUGGAGCACUGCCUCCCUAAUCCACUCCGGCACCUACACCACCGUCGUGGACCCCACGGCGCGCAUCGACUCCCUCCCGAAAUGGUUCCAAGGCGUGCGGCUCAACUUCGCCGAGAACAUACUCUUCUCCCGCGCGGAGAAGGAUGCAGGCCAGCGCACCACGCGUGGGAAAGAAGACGCCAAAGUCGCCGUCACCCAAGCCCGGGAAGGCGGCUUCGAGGUGCAGGAUGUUACUUACGGCGAGCUGCGACGGCGCGUCGGGGCGUUAGCACAGGCGCUCAAGGCCCGGGGCGUGCGCAAGGGCGAUCGUGUAGCCAUCGUGGCCUCCAACAGUGUGGAUACGUUGGCGGUGUUUCUGGCGACGACGGCGCUGGGCGGGCUGUUCAGUAGCAGUAGUACUGAUAUGGGGACGAAGGGGGUGCUGGAUCGGCUGCUGCAGAUCAGGCCGAAGUGGGUGUUUGUUGAUGAUUGGGCGGUGUAUAACGGGAAGACGGUGGAAUUGAGGGGCAAGAUGAAGGAGAUCGUGGAAGGGUUGGGUGGAGUGAGCGAGUUCGAGGGGUGUGUUGCGCAGCCGAGGUUUAAGGAACCGGCGGACGUGAGCAGUGUGCCUAGGGCGAUGACGCUGGAGAAGUUUUUGGAGGCCGCAGAGGGGAGGACGGAGCUCGAGUUCGAGCGGGUGGAGUUUAGUGACCCGUUUCUGGUGGUAUACUCGAGCGGCACGACGGGUCAGCCGAAGUGCAUCGUGCAUUCGACUGGUGGUGUGCUGAUCAGCUCGAUGAAGGAGGGGAAGCUCCAUAGGGACCUAGGACCUGAUACCGUGCAGUUGCAGUAUACUACGACUGGCUGGAUCAUGUACAUGUCCGCCGUCCUGGCGCUGCUAUACGGGGGCCGCAGCAUUCUCUACGAUGGCAGUCCCUUUCAACCAGACCUCACCUCCUUCAUCCGUCUUGUAGGGGAGCAAAAAGUCACCAACUUAGGCAUUUCCCCCCGCUACCUCCACGAGCUUCAAAAACACUCCGUUAUCCCCCAGCGCACCACCGACCUAUCCUCCCUGCGUGCCGUAACAAGCACAGGCAUGGUCCUCCCCGACGCCCUCUUCGUCUGGUUCUACGACGUCGCCUUUCCUCCCUCCGUCCAACUCGCAAACAUCUCCGGCGGCACUGACAUCGCCGGGUUAUUCGGGGCGGAGAAUCCUUUGCAGCCUCUCUACGUCGGCGGAUGCAUGGGCCCUUCUCUGGGGGUCAAGGUCGAGGUGUAUGAUUCCACCAUUGAGGGCGGCAAGGGGGCCCAGGGACGCGCGGUGGAGGAUGGUGUGCCGGGGGAGUUGGUGGCGACGAGGCCGUUCCCGAAUGUGCCGGUGUUUUUUUGGGGGGAUGAGAGUGGGGAGAAGUAUUGGAAUGCGUAUUUUGCGCGGUUUGAUAAUGUGUGGACGCAUGGGGAUUUUGUGGUUAGGCAUCCCAGCACGGGGCAGCUGGUGUUUUUGGGCAGGGCGGAUGGAGUGUUGAAUCCUUCGGGUGUGAGAUUUGGGUCCGCGGAGAUCUACAACGUGGUUGAAAGGUUUUUCCCGCAGGUAGCGGAUAGCAUUUGUGUUGGACGAAGAAGACCGCAGGAUGCGGACGAGGCAGUGAUGCUGUUCUUACUGAUGGCGGAAGGAGAGCGGUUCACAAAAGACCUCGUGAGUGAGGUCAAGAGGAGAAUAGGGAAGGAGUUGAGUCCGCGGCAUGUGCCCAAGUUUGUUUUUGAGACGAAGGAGAUUCCGACGACAGUCAACCUCAAGAAAGUGGAGCUGCCGGUGAAGCAGAUCGUGUCUGGUCGAAUCAUCAAGCCGUCGGGAACGCUUCUCAAUCCGCGGAGCCUGCAGUAUUACUACCAGUUUGCGAAAGUGGAAGAGCCGGUCAAGAGCAAGCUAUAG